GGUUUGUUGACGUUGUCGUUUCAUGUGAAACAUUAAGGAAUUAAAAGUGAAAACUACCCCCUCGGAUAAAAAAGGGUGUUAAAAUUUAAUAAAAUAAUAGAAUAAACACGGCUUAACACACUCCCUCCUCUCUCUCUCACUCUCUGUAUCGCCCAGCCCUAGUUUGGAUGAGCCUACGGCCAGUUGAUUUGUGUGAACUCUUCUCCCACAGACAAAAAAAAUUGAAAGAAAAAAUUAAGAAAUGCCAACAACAGCAGCAACAACAACAAGUGCAAGUUAAUAUCAAACGUAUGUAGCAACAUACUAAUCGACUGAGCAAAAUAUACAGCAACAACUUUACUGUGCAGACACACACGUACACACUUACUUAUACCAACAACAUGUUUUAACAAGAAACUACUAUAGUGUGUAAUAAAAAAAGUUUGUGUUGUUUUUCUGUUUUUCAUAUCGUUAUUGUAUUAUCUUUGUUUGUCGGGUUGGUGGUGUCGUCUACAUUGCGAUAUCAACCACAAACAGCAGCAGUAAUAACAGCAACAACAACCACACCAAAUCAUUUUAAUCUACUAUGUAGAAAAAUAUACAACACACUCCCACAGAACACAGAAAAUGACAAAUAUUGCUCUCAUCUUUGGUUUAUGACGUUUUUUUUUGUGUUGAGACUACUCUUCUUCCUCUGCUCUGCUUUGAUUCGGCACCUUUUUCGUUGGCUCUCUUCUCUCAUUGAAAUGAGUUUGCGUUAGUCUAGUUGUUGUUGUUUAUGUGUGUGUUUUUUUCCCUUCUCAGCCGACCAACAAGAAAUAUUACGGUUUCACUCAUUCGUUCAUUGAUUGCUUCCUCUCUUUCUCUCUGUGUUCUUCACGUUCAUGUUGUAUUUAUUUUUUCGCCAGAUUACUGUGAGCAAAACAAAAACCAAAAUAAAAGUAAGGUAAAAGAAUAACAUGAAAAAUAAAAAUGUAGAAAUAGGAGAAAAGAAAACAAGAACAAAACGAGAGAAAACAAUGAUCAAACGAACGGCAUUUGGUUGGUGGGUAUAUUGACGUUUAUUAUUAACAAACCGCCCCCAGACCCCAGCGACGUGACAAGAACGGCAAAUAAACAAAUAAACUAAAUUAUUAAACGUGUUUUUGUGUAAAAAAGAAAACAAAAAAAUAAGAGGAAAAUAAAAAAACAAUGCAAAAUUGAGUGUUUUUGUAGUGGAAAGAAGAAAAAUAAAAAGGGGGACAUAAAUGAAAUUUAUAGUGUUAUUUUGUGUGAUUUUUUAGCGCCCACAACUAGGGGUAUUGAUGUUAAGGGGGGUGUAGUGGAAAUUGUUAAAAAAUAAAAAAUUCGAGCAUCAUUGGUGCUAAGUAAUUUGUGAAAUAAGUGAAAAUCAAGCGGAUAAUAAGUGUAAAGAGCAUUAGCAGCAGCAACAGUUUACAGUGAAAAUCUCAAUGGUGAAUAAUAAAAUUUGCAAACAAAAGAAAAAACCAAACAACUACUACAAAAAUGUAUGACCAAAUUGCCCAUUUUCAUUUGAAUAGUAGUGGAAGAGAAGAGCUUUAAAAAAUACAACAAUAAAGAUUUAAAAAAUAAAACAAAUAAAUAUAACGUUUCAAUAACAACAAUAAAAUAAAAACAACUACAACUCUACAAAACAUCACAUCAAUAACAAGAAAACAAAAAACGCGUCGUCGUUGCGUUUUAAACUCGUUUUCGUCAAUAUAUCGCCGCCGCAGACACAACAUCGCCGUCGAAAUCUCAUUCGUUCACUCACUCAGCGCACUACCCUACCUGUCAUCAAGCCUAACGUUGUUGCUGUUGAGAGUGCGCGCGUGUGUGUGCGAACGUACAUUACCGUAUUUGUUUUGGUUUUUCAUUGUUGUGUGUAUGUUUAUGUGUCUUUAUUUGUGGCCGCUAACGCCGCCGCUUAUAGCCUAUUUAUCAACAAACGCAAACGCAACAACAAAACAAAACCUUAAUGAUAAUUAAGAAAAUGAGGAGCUGCUGUAUUGUUGUUGAAAUCUAUGAACUAUGACGCAUCAAUCACAUCAGACAAACGGCGCAAGUUUGGAGGAUUGCCAUACCAACUUUUUUGCCCUGACUGAUUUAUGCGGAAUAAAAUGGCGCAAAUUUGUUAACAGUGAGCGCCCAAAUGCGUCCAGUGAUCCACUGGACGAUCCAAUCUUACGAUCCUAUUCACGAUGUAUGCAAGCUGAUAUCUUAUGCGUUUGGCGACGAGUUCAGUCCACGCGACAGGACAAUUCGGAUCCAAACGCCAUCUUUGAAGUUGUCAAUACAUCUAAAGUACAUCCACCCUUGUCGUUAGCUGCGGCCAAAGAAUUAUGGUUAUUUUGGUAUGGCGAAGAACCGGAUCUAACGGAUCUGGUCGAUGCGGAACUCUUGAAAGUUGCUGGAAAUCAAAUGCUAUGGAAUGGUACAUGGGAACGAGGUCUAACCUAUGAAUGUCGCUCAUUACUUUUUAAGGCUCUACACAAUCUUAUGGAAAGAUUUGUCUUAACCAAGGAUAUUGUACGUUUUGGAAAGUGGUUUGUUCAACCUUGUACAUCAAAUGAACGAAUAUUUUGUAGGAGCUCGCAACAUUUAUCAUUCUCAUUUACAUUCUUUGUACAUGGCGAUACAGUAUGUGCGUCCAUUGAUUUGCGCGAACAUCCAGCAGUUCGUCCGUUAACCAAAGAACAUUUAGCUGAAGCGGCGGCAGCUUUUAAUGCAGCCGCAUCAAAUGCCAAUUCUCCAGAACAAACAUCACCAAAUUCGCCUAAUGGUGCCACCGAGGUGGGGGCUAAAGAGAAUGCAGGUAGCAAUUCCCCUGCCGUAGCUAAUAAUGCUGCUGGAGGGAAUAGCAGCAGUGGUAGUGGUAAUAACUCCACAACUUCUAAUAAUGCCAAUGGUAGUGGCGGCACUCCAAAGCCGCGAAAAGUUAUAUUGGCACCCUUUGGCAUGGCAGCCACCCUAACGGGUAAUAGUUACAAGCAUAAUGAUCCAAUGGCAGAAAAAAUUCUCGAAGACUGGGCUUCCUUUUUCCCAUUGUGCAAUAAAGAGAAUAGUGAAGUCCCACCCGUUGUGGAGGUUAUAGCUGGUGGACAUAAAAUGUAUCAUCCUUCCAUUUAUGUACUAGUCACUGAUUUGGAUGAUAUGGAAGAAAUGGAAGCGGCUGCAUCACAAAAGUCAUCACUAGGUUCGACAUCCUCAGCCGAAGCUGCUGCCGCCAUUGCAGCCCUAUCAUCAUCGGCCAACAGCCAUACCAACGAUACAAGAAAACCCUUAACGGAAUCUGUCACCAACAACAACAAACUUGCAUCUUCGGUGGCGAAUGCAAUGACAACAUCGUCUUCAUCGCCCACAUCGAAUGCUGCAACCACCAAAUCAUCCUUGGCGCACAUGAUUGAGCGCCUUAAAAUUGAUCACACUAAAGUUCAACAAUACUACGACACCCAGACACAAAAUUUCACCUGCAAUACGACAAAUACUCAUGCUCCGCCUCAAGCUGCAUGUGAAAUGCCCGAACGAGUCUGGCAAGAUUGUGUCACAAAUACGUUACAUUUACAGAAUGGCACGAUCUGUAAUACCGCCACCUCGUCUUCGGGGACAACAACAUCGGCCUCUACAAGCAAUCCGAAUAACAACACCAGCAGCGUGUCACCAUCGUUAAAUACCAUGAUGGGUAGUGGCAAUGACAACAACAGUACCACCAUACCAAUGAAUACCGAUGCUGGUGAUCAAACUGACAAUGCAUCAAAUAUGAUGGACAUUAAACCAAAUCUUAACACCACCACAACGGCUCUAUCUCAAUCACAGCAACAACAAAUAUGGGGUUUUGUUGAUCCAACACAAAAAUCAACAUGCAUAUGCACAAAAUCUUCUCAGACAUCAACAUCCUUAUCGGGACAAACGCCCGGAAAUGGUACACCCUUACAAGGCGGUAUUUCAAGUUAUUCGCGAAAUUCCAUUAUGGAUUGCAUGCAAAUACCAUCGGUGGGUUCGCCAGGAACUCCAGCUCCAUCUCCACAUCCGAAUUCAGCACUUUCUCAACCCACCUCAGUACCGCCUGCAGAUCAACUACUGAUGAGUCCCCGCGCUCCAACAUCUGUACCGAAUUUGCAGCAACCAACAACACCAAUAGAUCAUUUAUUGGAUAAAAAUACUCCUGCACCCACGCCUACCGAUCAGCAUGACAACAAAAGUAUAACUGCAUCACCGUAUAUCCAUCCCACUCCUAGUGUUGAGGCUCCACCCUCUGUUGAGGGUAUGCAUUGUGGUAACUUGGGAGGUGGCAAUGGCGGUAUGGGUCCCGCAAGUGUAGGCGCCCAGCCACCAAGUGUGGGUCGCUGCACUCCCACCCUGCACCAACAACAACAGCAACACCAAUCAUCACAGCCAACACAGGCGCAACAACAAUGCGGUUCAAUUUCCGUAAAAAAGUUCGAUGUUCAACCAGGCACUCCAUUAUUGUUAGGUUCCGGUGGCAAUAAUAAUUCCUCUAAUCCGGUUGCUGGCGGCGGCGCCCCCACAGAUGACAAACCGGACUCAGUGAAAACAAUGCCAAAUAGCAGGACGGCAUUACCCAAUAACAACUUUAGUCGUAACAACACUGCGCCAUCGGCCACAAAUGCAAUGCAUGAUUUCUAUAAUUUGUGCAAGCCACCCAAGAUUAGUGUAAAGGACAUCGAUGCUAUUGCCAAUGAAGAUUGUCUGAAGUUAGAGAAUCUCUACGAUUUCCCCACACAAGAUAUCUGGGCCAAUCAUCCGGCGAAACGUUUUAAACCAAACGAAAUCUCGAAACAUAACCGUGUUCCACGCACAAAAGCUCUGUAUGAAAGACAUACGCACAUAAAACCCCUACUACUAUCACCACGUUCUUUGUACGGAGACCAAUUGUUAGCGAUAGAUCCAACUGCAGCUGCGGCGGCAGGAACAGGUUCAUCGGGUAUGGAGGGAAGUGGUGGUGCUGGUAACUGUGGUAUGGUGGGAACAGGUCUCGUUGGCAUAGCCCCCAAUCCCAUGGCCAACAAUAAAAUCAAUAAUAAUGAGAAUUCUGGUGGUGGCAUGAUGAACAGCACCACAACGGCCAGUGGAGGUAGCAUUUUUGAAGAGCUUGAUAUCAAAACUGAAGUACCGCCUGCAGUGGGUGCUUCAUCUAUAUCGCCCAGCAAGGAUUCCAAAAGUGGUAUCGGCGGAAAUCUUUUUACAGUGGAGGGUCUGAAUCCAUCACCAAACGAUUUGGAACAAUUAUUCGAAACAUCUUCGAAUGACGAGUGUGGCAGUGUUCAGAUACACACACCACCCGAUUCGAAUAACCCAUCCAACGGAUGUGCUGUAACCACCAAUACCAUUGAUGAACUCAAAAGAUCCACCAAUUCCGGACUGGUUGGCGCUGUCAAUGUUCAGGGGAAUAGUGCCGCUGUCAUGGCCGCGUUGCAGAAUUGCAAUAGUGUGGUGAACGCCACAACAUCGGGCAUGGCUUCAUUGAAUAAUAGUGGUGGUAGUUUGACUGGAGGUGGCCCUGGUGGCUUGGGCGUUGGUCCUAAUACCAUUCAAGCCGAAGACCUGACAAAAAUGUUUCCAACUCCUCCAUCGCAUGAACAGCAUCAUCCCAACUCCAGUCCAUGUCAAAUGGACAUUCAAAUGACUGAUUUGAAUGUCAUGACCUCGACAAAUAUAAUGGGUGGCCAAACAUUGGAUACUGGUCUGGGCAUAAGCGCCAUGACAAAGGUCAAACAAGAAUAUUCCAGUGAAUUGGGUAGUCCCAUUGAAGGGCCCAUUGAAGAUUGGACUUAUGUCUAUAGGCCCCCUGCCCAAGCCAUCUUUGUGGGAUCAUCAAAAUAUGCUCCGCUAACAAAUUUGCCCAGUCAGUCAAUGGCCCCCUUGAGUAUGCCCAGCAAUUGUCGAUACAAACCUUCUUGGCAGCAGCCGCGUAGUGCUCAUCAACAGCAGCAGCAGCAGCAACAACAGCAACAACACAUGCAACAACAGCAGCAGCAGCAACUUCAACAGCAACAACAACAUCAACAGUUGCAUGAAUUACUAUCGGCGGCUCCUCGUACCCCGCUACAGCAGCAACCGCGUACACCUUUGGGACCCAUGUCUUCUUCGCCCAUGCACAAUACAACGGUCCCAACACCGUUGAGCAGCGGAGGUGGUGGUAGCAGCAGUCUACUUCUGAAUCAGCUAAAUUGCCCACAGGCGGCCCUCACCAAUAAUCCACUCACCAUGCAACACAUAAUGCAGCGACCCGGUAUGUCACCAAUUUCUCCUGCCACGCAUGUACCCUUCCCGCACACAAGUCCCAUGAUGCAGCAGCAUCGGCAAACACCCAUACAUCCGCCGCCGCCGUAUGAAGUUGCCGUAGCCAGUCCCGCCUUAUCGACAGCCUCUUCCACUCCAGCAUAUCUCAAUAAACAAUAUCAUUCGCAAGAGCCGCCGCAAACUCCGCAAUCUGUCCCCAACCAUAUACAGACAAUAGGAGGCCCGCCCAGCGUUCAGGGCAAUAAUCGCGAAUCGUCCAACAUGGGAUUCUAUGCACCAGCAAACAAUAUAAAUUCCAUUAUUCAAGAGCUGCCCGAGGUCAGUUCGGUCAUUGUGAAUAUACUGCUCUACGAUACGGCGCUGAAUGUUUUCCGUGACCAUAACUUUGACAGCAGUACUGUGUGCGUGUGUAAUGCCGAUAACCAACGUAUUGGAAACAUUCGAGGCUCGGAUUCGGGGGUAUAUGUACCGCUGCCGGGCACAUCGUUUAAUCCUACAGCGCCCUCCCUGUCAACAGCCAACGCAAUGCGUGCUCUAAGUGCCUUUGGUGGUGGUGGUAGUUCGAUGGGGGUGGCACUAGGAAGUACUGCGGGUGGUGGCAGCAUUCUAGGAAGUGUUAGUGCCGCCGGCAUAGCCAAUUCAUUAGACUCUCCUGCAUCACUGGCUGGAGCUGGCUCCAGCUCAUCGACCACACCAUCCACAGCCACACCCGCCAAUAAUGCCCAACAGUAUAUCACCGGCUAUGUCGAUGAUGAUGCCGUCGAGUGCACCUGUGGCUUUAGCGCCGUGAUCAACCGCCGUCUCGCCUGUAAGGCUGGUCUCUUCUACGAAGAUGAAAUGGAAAUAACCGGUAUAGCCGAGGAUCCCGGGCGACAUAAAAAACAUUCCCUGCUUACUUUAUUAAUCAACCUAUCCUCCAAAGCCAAUAACAACAGCAGCAACAACAAUAACACAAAUAGCAAUGGCAUUGUUGACAAGACCGCAGAACAGGUUGCGUAUUCCUUGUUCGAUUUGCUUCUCGAACAGUGUUCGAUUAUUCAGACUUCCAGCAGUGCGAUACACCGUGCAUUGCAGCGUCAUCGGCGUCGACUCUCGAAACGUUCCCAAAAGCCACAAUCCGUUGCGGGGAUUGUUAAUGUUUUGGAAUACAUAGAUGCCAACGACAUCAUUGCCUUGGCUCUGGAGCAGGCCCGCCUAGCAUACGACAGCAGCAAUCGCAUGGACAUAAUGGAACAACAGAUGAUUCCCUUCUCAUCACAUCGAAAAACUUCUAAUAACACACAAGUGGCUUUGGCUCUGACAGGGCGCAUCAAUGUACAUAAAUGGCCUUAUAUACCCGUUGGUUUUUCGCGUAGCAAUAAAGAUAUUGUUUCCACCAUGAAAUCCAUUCAACCCAUGUUACAAAAUGCAUUCCACGUCAAGUCUCGCACCGCCGGAUCCCGAGAUGCCACAUAUACGGUUAGUGGUCCCCUAACGUGGCGGCAGUUUCAUCGUCUCGCUGGCCGAGCAUCGGGACAAUGUGAACCACAACCCAUACCUUCGGUCAUUGUCGGCCACGACAAGGAUUGGAUAUCUGUGGCGCCUCCAGCCAUACACUAUUGGGAUAAAUUUCUGCUGGAGCCCUACUCCUAUGCCCGCGAUGUGGUUUACCUGGUGAUGGCGCCGGACAACGAUUACGUAUUAAGCAAGACAAAGAGCUAUUUUAAGGAACUGAGUACCAUCUACGAAAUGUGUAAACUGGGUCGUCACACUCCCAUUUGCGGCUGGAAUGGUUUGUUGGCAGUGCAGCAAAGGCCCGCAAACGACAAGGCAUUCUCCACAAAUAUGGACAAUUGGUUGAAGAGCUUAGAUGAUGCGCGAUUGGCGGAACAAUUACGUUUAUAUGCACAUGCCUUUCAACACCAGCUGGCACCUUAUCUAAAUAGGGUACCAGGUGAUAAGACUUUACUUAAUCCACCGGAAACUAGUGCAAGAUGUAGUCAGGGCUAUAGCACGGCAACAUCGUCGUCCACAAAUUCCUCAUCGUCGUCGUCUUCCUCAUUCAUGAUGGGUGGAGUUAAUAACUCCAAUACCACCGGGGGCAUGGACAAUACUGGUCAGGGAGCGGGUGCCGCAGACCACUCACAACCCAUGGACACCAAUGAACAUUCUCAACAUGCGACGGGAACAAACAGCAGCAGCGAUUCGCAGGGUAAUUCCUCAGGUGAUGCAAAACCAACUGACCUUAAGCCCGAUGUGAAACCACCUUUGGUCCUUGGAGAUCCGCUGGGAGUUGCCGAUUGUUUGGAGGAAGUCAAUCCUUCGGCCAUUGUUCUUUAUGUGGUGGAGCCAUUUACCUUCGGCUCCGACUCUCCUGAACUGGAGCGAUUGGCUUGCAUUGCUUUGCUGCGCAUGUACUCAGAACUACUUAAAAUGAUACCUGAUUCUGUAAAGGCUCACAUUAAUAUACAAAUAAUCUCCCUGGAGUCCAUACUAGAACUUGGAAGAUCAAGGAGUCGUAAACGAACAUCAGAUGAAAUUAAAUGCUUAGCUCUCAACAUCUUCUCGCAAUGCAAGCGUCAUAUGGUUCACGCCCAGUCGGUGAAAAGUUUAACUGGUUUCGGAACCGCUGCCAACGUUGAAGCUUUCCUCAAGACCAAAGAUGAAAAGAACCGCAGACCGUAUAAAAUGUAUACACCUCCGUAUAUUCUUGCCCCAAUGCAUGAGAAAAACGAGAAGACCGAUUUCUCGAGAGCGGCUUGGGGCGGAAUGCGCGGCAGUCCCAACGAACAGAAAUAUUCCGUAAUGUACUGCAACUAUUGCCUCAGUGAAGAUCAGUCUUGGCUCUUGGCCACUGUGACAGAUGAUCGUGGUGAAAUGUUGGAGAAAGUGUGUAUCAACAUCGAUGUGCCCAAUCGGACAAAGCGCCGCCGUGCUCCAGCACGUCGUAUUGGUUUGAAUAAACUAAUGGACUUUAUACUCGGUCUCAUAUCGCAGACAACGCAAACAUGGCGCCUGGUUGUGGGACGUAUCGGACGCAUAGGCCACAAUGAGUUGAAGUCCUGGUCAUAUCUGCUAGGCAAACAAAAUCUACAAAAAGCCACCAAACAAUUGCGAGAUAUGUGUAAACAGUGUCAAUUGAUGUAUCCACCUACUAUACUGAGUGCCUGUUUGGUAACACUGGAACCAGAUGCCAAAUUACGUGUUAUGCCGGACCAAUUUACACCCGACGAACGAUUUUCUAUACAAAAUCCAUUGUCGACACCACAGGAUGUAACAUGUACACAUAUUUUGGUGUUUCCCACAAGUGCCGUAUGCUUGUCCUUUACCCGCCAGUUUCCUAACGAACCUCAAGUCGAUCUUGACGAGGACUUUAUCAACUUUGGCAACGAUGAAGAUGAAAAUGAUGUUUUCAAGGAUGCGGACCUAAUGGAUGAUCUUUUAGGACAAUGGGAUGGCGGUGGCACAGCUCGUGGUAUGUCCAACCACAACAGUCCGGACCGCAUGGAAGACAAUCGAAGUUGGCAAAGCGUUGGCGGUAAUAAUUUCAACACCAAUCAGCAUCAGGAUAUUGAAGAGGUGGGUUCAAUCAAUCAACAACCUCUGGCGGUUGGCUAUAUGGUUUCAACAGCACCAACUGGACGAAUGCCAGCCUGGUUUUGGGCAGCCUGUCCACAUCUGGAAGAUGUAUGUCCGGUAUUUUUGAAGACCGCCUUACAUUUGCACGUACCGAAUAUACAGACCACCGAUGAUAUUUUGAAUUCCACAAAUGCCCAUUCAUCAGCUACCGACCAUCCGCUGGAUUCCACACUGACAGCUGAUGUCCUGCGUUAUGUACUGGAAGGUUACAAUGCAUUGUCAUGGUUGGCCCUAGACUCGAAUACACAUGAUCGUCUAUCAUGUUUGCCCAUCAAUGUACAGACACUGAUGGAUCUCUACUAUUUAACAGCUGCGAUUACUUAAGCCCCACGCCCCUCCCUCAAGAAGGAUAUAGUGUAGUGGUAGUACUCACAAAAAAAGCAGGGAAGAACGACAUGAACGACUUGUAAAUGAUUGUAAUGAUAUAUAAUAUUUAUUUAUAUUUACAUAUUUAUUUUCCAUGCUUUUACUUGAAUUUCAAGUCUAUUAACUUUUUGUGUGCAUUAUUAUUAUUAUUCUGUUCCCUAUUGUCUGUCUUACUUUACACUUUUUUUAAUCUAGGAAUGGUUUCAAUUUCUACUCUCCUCCUUAUAUUUUUUUCUCUCUAUACAAAAAAGAUUGAUUCAAUUUCUGUGAUAUUCAGAAAAAUUAGGAAAGAAAAGUGAAAAGAAAAACAAUGUGUGCAUGUGUAUUCAAUUAGAAACAAAAAAAUGUGUUUGAUUCCUGUCUCCGCCAUCUUGUGUGUAAAGGAUAUUUUUAAAUUGAAUUUGGAUUAUUGGAUCGAGUAUAAAAUUACAUGGCAUAUUUAACUUUAUAUAUAUGUUCCCAUGUGUUUCCAAAAACCGAGUAUAGAAACCUUAACAAAAUUUGUGUGAAAUUAAUGCUUCCUUUUUUUCCUUUUUAUUAUCCCAAAAUUGACUUCCAAUCAUGAUUUCUCUCAAUGUCGAAUAUUGAAGAGGCGGCCUCCUCGCACACACCAACAUACAUACCUUAAUAUGUUUCCAAAAUGGGUAUUAUUUUUUUUUAUCACAAAGUAAUUAUUUGUUCUAUUGUAAAGAAGAAGAAGAAUUUUUGUUAUACGUUGGAGAAUUGUAAUAUAAAUAUUUUUAUGUAAACAAAGGUACAGAUAAAAGCAAUGUUAGUUAGAAAUGAAAUAUUAAAAUAUUUAACAAAAAUAGCAGCAGUUGUAUUUCAAAUAAGUGUAUGAUUUAAAUGUUUCCCUUUUGCAAGUUUUUGUCAUAGAGUGCAUCCCUUUCCCAUAUUUUAAUGUUUUUAUAUCCGUCAUGCUAUGGUGGAGGUUAUUGCCAUUCCGUUUGUAACAUCUCGAAACUAUGUCGAUUUAGCGCUGUCUCUCUGUCCGUCUGUGAAAAUCACAUUCAAAGUAGGUUGAUAAUAUUCUACUCAAUUGUAUUUUUUGGUCUACAUCACUUUUGGUAUUGAAAAUGGGCUAUAUUGAUCCACGUUUUGGUAUAGGCCCCAUAUAACUGUAUUCGGUAUUUCAAUAAUUUGUGUCCGUUUGUAACAUCUCGAAACUAUGUAAAUUUAACGAUGUCUGUCUGUCCGUCUGUGGAAAUCCCAAUCAAAAUAGGUUGAUAACAUUUUACUCAGAUGUAUUUUUCGGUCUACGUGACUUUUGGUAUUGAAAAGUGGGCUACAUUGACCCACGUUUUUGGUAUAGGCCCCAUAUAACUGUUUUCGGUAUUUUAAUAAUUUGUGUCCGCUUGUACCAUCUCGAAACUAUGUCGAUUUAGCGAUGUAUUCUCCGUUCUACAUGACUUUUGGUAUUAAAAAUGGGCUAUAUUCAUCCACGUUUUUGUAUAGGCCCCACAAACCUGCAUUCGGUAUUUUAAUAAUUUCUGUUACAUUAUUAAUUUUUAUAACCUACACCACAAGGUGGGUGGUCAGGGAAUUAUGUCUUUGUAUAUUUGUUUGUAACAGGCAAAAAGAAACGAGAUAGACCCCCAUAGUUUUUUUUGAUGAUCUGCAUAGAAUCACAUUCUGAGUCUAUUUAUGCAUGUCCGUCCGUCUGUCCAUGUAUUUUUGUAAACAAGGUACAGGUCGCAUUCAUUGCCUGAUCCAGAUUAAAUUUUGCACCGGUCGUUGGUUCGGCCCAAGUACAAUCUCUAUUGAAAUUGGACAUAAUCGGUCAAAAUUUAAAUUAACUUCCUAUAUAUUUCUUCGUCUGAUUUGCCUUUUAUUGUGCACCAAACAUGUAAUAUCAGCCAAAAUAGCCUGGAAUUAUGCAUAUACCACCAAAUUAAGCUUGGAAAUAUGUAUGCCAAAUUUGAUCAAAAUCUGCUCAGAUAUAGCUAUAGCUCCCAUAUAUAUUUUAUUCAUCCGAUUUGAUAUUUUUGUCUUCCGCAGCCGUAAUAUACACCCUGUAACAACGAUAUUUGGGAUAAUAUAUCAAAUACAGCUCAGAAAUACCUUGGCUAAAUUUUAUCGAGAUCGGUUCAGAUUUGGAUAUAACUCCCAUAUAUAUCUUUUCGUCCGAUUUGCCUUUUAUUGUGCAUCAAACGUGUAACUUACACUUACGACCAAAGUUGAGAGUAGAAACAAGUAUAUCAAAUUUGGUAAAAACCAGCUGAGAUAUAGCUAUAGCUGUUCCCAUACAUAUCGCUCGAUUUUUAAAUUUUCUCUACUCUGUUUGAAUUAAUUAUUAUAAGCAGCUUGACUCAUGACAGAGGCAUGUCAAAACAAAAACCAUAAUUGCCGAAACGAAUGACAAAUAAAAGUUGAAAAACUUCAAAAAUGUGGUUUCAAAAUUCUAUUCCAUGCAACUUUCCAAAAUUUAUUUCAUAAAUCAUUUAUUUCAUUUAUUUCAUUAAAUCAGUUAACAUUGGUAACUAUGUUGCUAUGAUAUCAUAACAACAGAGGCAUUUUCACAGGGUUGUCAUACUUUGAUUCUAUCUUGUCCUAUCUUUAUAUUUCCAUGUCUUUGCUCUGGUAUCCCUUUAUGAUGUGUCACAAAAUAUGUCAUGCGAAGACUUCAGGCUGCUUAUGUACCCUCACCUUUAGAACUGCUUUUUGGGCUCCUGCCAGUUUAAAGGCAAUUUUGGGAAAGUGAAAAUUUCCCCUCAAGAGAAAAUGUUGCCGCCGGUCGUGUAUAGUGUAUUGUCAAAGGGAUGACAUAAUUAUAUUGCCCAUUGUCCACGUUUCUUAUUCCGAAACAAACCCCCCUCAUUUUUUUAAAAUUAUUCUGAAUUAAAAUUACCCAAAUACACAUAAUUUGCUCUGACAUUGUUAAACGUAAAAAUCCGAGUAUAGAUGGGAAUAGUUCAAGAUUUACCAAUGGUCCUUAUAGUUUGCAUUAAAAUUACAUUUUAACUUAGUUCAAUUUUCGAUCCAUAAACAAAACCCACCCCCUCCCCCUUCAUUCUUCAAAGAUAUUCUGAAUAAAAACCACCCAAAUAAACAUAACUGCCCUGACAUAGUUAAACAUAAAAAUCCGAGUGUGUAUGGCAAUAGUUCAAGAUUUACCAAUGAUCCUUUUAGUUUGCAUUACAAUUACAUUUAAAUUAAGUAUAAUUUUACAAAUUUAAGCAAUUCCAUUUCUCUUUUUCGAUAGAUACAGAGUUUCCUAUUCCCUCGUUUUUAACCCCUCUGGAAUCAUGUUUUUUCUGUAUACAUUUAUUUGAAAUACUCAUCAAACUAAAUCUUAUAUUGUAAAUAAAACGAAAAAAAGAACAAUUCUUAGUAUAAGAAAAAUCCAAAAAGAGGAUAAUUUGAAAACAAAUUGAAAAAAAAACAUUCUUUAACUUUAUGGUAGGGCAAAAAGAAAUCAUUUACCGAACAACUUACAAAGAAAAACCAUAAUCAUUAUUAUUGAUUGUCAACAAAAACCACAACAACAACAAUUCAUUUCUGCAAUUAUAUUCAUAAUGCAAUUAUCUACAAAUAUUAUUGUAUGCAUAUAUAUAUAUUAAAAAAUAUUAAAUUAUUUCAUAGUAAUUAAGCCAAUAAGAAAGAGUUUAGUACAAUUAAGCGGAAAAUACAGUUUUAUAAAUUAGAAAAAGUAUAAGGUAAAUAAACAAAACAAACAAAAAAACUCAUAGAACAAAACAAGCAAAAAUGAAGAAGAUGUGGAACCAUUUGUAAAACAAUUGCUUAAAUAUUAAAUUAGAUGUAAAUGCUAAAAAUUAAGUGUUAACAUUUUUAAGUAAGCAGAAAUAAA